GUGACAAGUGAUCAACAAUAACAAGAAUCACAGUGACCAGGAGAAGCUGUGCUCUCAGGCUGUCCUGCGUCCCCCUCAGCCCGCUGCUGUGCCUCACCGCUGGGAAAGGUCCUUAGAGAGGGAACCAAGGAGAAGCCAGGGGCCACAGCCUCAACUGUGCAGCUGCCCAGUUACAGGCUGUCCCUAGCUGCCCAACGUCUAUGAGUGUUUGGCUCUUCUUCUGUUUGGGGCCAACCGACCAAGAGGGCAUGUGGGACGGGGCCAUGGAGACGCCCGAGGAGGAGGGCCGCACCUUCAUGCAGGUGAUCAGCGAGAAGUACAGCCCGGAGAACUUCCCGUACCGGAGAGGGCCCGGCAUGGGUGUGGUGGUGGUGCCGUCUGGCCCACAGGGGUCCCCCAUGAAAGAUCGCCUGAACCUGCCCAGCGUCUUGGUCCUGAACGGCUGUGGAAUCAGCCGCGCCGGGGACGAGGGGGAGAUCGCUGCCUUCUGCGCUCACGUGGUGGAGCUGGACCUGUCUCACAACAAGCUGCAGGACUGGCACGAGAUCAGUAAGAUCGUGUCCAAUAUACCAAACCUCGACUUCCUGAACCUGAGCUCGAACCCUCUGAGCGACUCUGUCCUGGAACCGAGUUGUGCUGAGUCCUUCAUCAGAGUGCGCCGACUCGUCCUCAACAAUACCCGCGUGUCCUGGGAGACCGUGCACACCUUCACACGAGAGAUCCCCGAGUUGGUGGAGCUCUUCCUGUGCCUUAACGAGUACGACUCGGUGACGCCGUCGGCGGUGCCCUGCCCCUCCCUGCGCCUGCUGCACAUCACCGACAACAACCUGCAGGACUGGGACGAGGUGCGCAAGUUCGGGGCCAUGUUCCCCGGGCUGGACACCCUGAUCAUGGCCAACAACAACCUGGCCUCCAUCCAGGACUCCGGAGAUACGCUGUGCCGCCUCUUCCCAAACCUGCGCAGCAUCAACCUGCACAACUCAGGUCUGAAUCGGUGGGAUGACAUAGAGAAGCUGAACUGCUUCCCCAAGCUGGAGGAGGUCAGACUGCUGGGAAUCCCGUUACUGCAGACCUACACCAACACUGAGCGCCGCAGUCUCAUUAUCGCACAGCUGCCCUCGGUCUCUGUGCUCAACGGGAGCGUGGUGACAGAGGGGGAGAGGGAGGACGCCGAGAGGUUCUUCAUCCGCUACCACCUGGGCUACCCUGAGGAGGAGCUGCCUUACAGGUACCACAGCCUGGUGACGAAGUACGGGAAGCUGGCGCCCCUGGCCGAUGUGGACCUGCGACCGCGCUGCCACGCCAAGGUGGAGGUGCACUGCGAGGACAAGGUGGAGCUGGUCAGCAUCCGGCUGGACCAGACGGUGGCCGAACUGAAGAAGCAGCUGCGGACAGUGGUGCAGCUCUCCACCAACAACAUGCGGGUCUAUUACAUUGACAAGGAGGUGGGCUGUGCCUUCGGGCCGGAGGAGCUGAAGUACAACGCCCGGGCCCUGCACUCCUACAGCAUCCGCGACGGGGACGAGAUCCUGGUGGUUCCCAAGUCCAAAUGACUGCGAGGCCGUGUUUGAAGUCGGGCGGGGUGGGGGAGGAGGAGGAGGAG